GUGAUAAAUAAUAGAAAUAACCUGAAAUAUUAGUUUGGCUGUCCAAUGUGGGCAAUCGUAAACGUUCUUAUGUAGUUACCUGAACAAAUUUGUGUAUAAAUAUGUAUCCCAACAAAGGCAGUAACUAAUUUAUAUUCAAAACGGAGAACUGUUGCAUUAAUAAUUAUUUACAUAUACAUAUAUUUACCAGUCUUUCAGGCAACUACCGCUACCGAACCCAUAACGACAGCUGCGAGAAGUUGAAGUCAAUUGGUAGCUUGAAUUGGAAUUAAAAUGAGCAAAUAUACGUCAAAGUAUUUGGAAGACAAACUAGCGGAUAAAUUGGGAGCGCUAUACGUAAAUGCGAUCGACGAAUCGGACGGCUGUGGUGGUAAAUUCAGUGUUACUAUUGUUUCAGAGGCAUUCCGUGGUAAGACAUUGCUGCAGAAACAUCGCUUAGUGAAUAGUGCUCUAACAGAGGAGCUUAAGGAAAUUCACGCAUUCUCUCAAAAAUCGUACACACCCGAAGAGUGGGAAAAAGUGCAACAGACCUUAUAGGAUAAAAUUAUACGUAUACUUUUGGUCAUCGCAUACACAUUGAUGUUUUCUUUUAUGAUCUGGGACUUGUAUUCUAUAUUA